AUGCAGCCGCCCAGGGAGAGGAGUGAAGUGCGACCCCGAGCUGGAUGGAUGGUUAUGGGGGAAAGAGGAGGACCUUCGGCGCUUGACGUGUGCAGAGUGCUCGCAGUGUUUCUCUCACUCUUCCCCUCCGUGAGUCUGCAGUGCAAGAUCCUCAAGUGUAAUUCGGAAUUUUGGGCCUCCACCUCAAACUCUGGACCCGAGGAGGAGUUUUGCACAGCGCUGCGAGCGUACAACAGCUGUGUACGCCGGACCGCACGGACCUGCAGGGGGGACCUGGCGUACCACUCUGCCCAGCAUGGCAUAGAGGAUUUAAUGAGCCAACACAACUGCUCCAAGGAGGGGCCGACAUCCCAACCACGUGCCCACACUCCUAUUCCUCCUCCACCUCCGCCGCUCCUGCCUGACAGCCAGGAGCGCUCAGACGGCCCGGAGGUGUGCCACUAUGAGCGCAGUCUUCAUCGCAACACAGCGCCGCCAAACUACACCCACUGUGGCUUCUUUGGAGAUCCACACCUCCGAACAUUUGGUGAUGACUUCCAGACAUGUAAGGUGGAAGGAGCCUGGCCGCUCAUCCACAACAAGUACCUGUCUGUCCAGGUGACCAACACUCCUGUGGUGCCCGGGUCUUUGGCCACCGCCACAAGCAAGCUGACAAUCAUCUUUAAGAACUUCCAAGAAUGUGUGGACCAGAAGAUGUACCACGCGGAGACGGAUGAGCUGCCGGCUGCGUUUGCAGACGGCUCAAAGAACGGAGGGGAUCGGCACGGAGCUAACACUCUGCGUGUGGUGGAGAAGGUUCCUGGGCAGCAUGUGGAGAUCCAGGCCAAGUACAUUGGAACGACCAUAGUGGUCCGGCAGGUGGGCCGCUACCUCACCUUUGCCGUGCGGAUGCCAGAGGAGGUUGUGAACUCGGUGGAGGAAGGCGAUAACCAGGACUUGUACCUGUGUCUUCACGGCUGCCCCGCCAACCAGCGCAUCGACUUCAGGAGCUUCAAGGCCCGAGCGGUGGAGGGCCAGGGCGCAGGAAGGACCAGGGGCGGCACGGCGUCACACGGCUUCACCUACCAGUCUGCCAAGGCCAAAUGCAAAGAGCGACUCCCGGUGGAGGACCUGUACUUUCAGUCGUGCGUGUUUGACCUCCUCUCCUCUGGAGACAUAAACUUCACCAUGGCGGCCUACUACGCCUUCGAGGAUGUAAAAAUGCUCCACUCAAACAACAAGAGAUAUCACAUCUUUGAAAAGGACGCUUUUAUGAGUAAUGCAGGCCAGAGGGGCAAAGAUUUUCUCUCGCUCCUCUUCCUCAACGUCCUUGCUGUCUUACUGUGGAUUGAAUGUUGCACAGUUCAUCUAUAG